AAGGAUAAACAAGAAUCGAUCAAAGUAUUCAUGGAAAUGUAAUUACCGGCUCUGGGCAGUAAACAACAAAACAGACAAUUCCGUGUCCAAAUCAAUGCCCGAAAGUGCACACCAAAUUGCAGACGUCCUCAUCGUCGGUGCCGGCCUGUCUGGGCUGUGUGCGGCCAAACGCAUCCGGGACAAGCACCCGUCGGUCGGAAUCAAGGUGCUGGACAGAUGCUCCGCUGCCGGGGGCAAUUUGUCCGGCUUCAAAUCACGCUGGAUCACCGAGAAUCAUUUCCACGCCGUUGAGCUUUGCCGGGAGUUGGGGGUGGCGUUGGAACGGCGGAACGGUGCGGUGGGAGUUGCUGGUGGUAGACGGAGGGAUGUAACGCCCUUUGGGGGGCUCGUCUGGGGUCCGUUGGCCAGUCUCGAGUGCACCCGGUUGAUGGCGGAAAUUGACUCUCUCUGCUCCGGUCGGUUUAUCGCCGAGUACCCGAUGAAUAUGGAUGAAUUUCUGGAGGCAAAGUUGCUCUUUGAGACGUCGAAGGAGUUUUUUCGAUUUUUGAUCAAAAUCAGCUGUGGAUACAACCCAGUGGAGCUGACCGUGACGGAUUGGUUAAAGUUUUGUCAAUCAAUGGCGUCGUCCAUGUCUUGUCUGUACGAGAUGCUGACGAUGUCCGAAGACCACUUGGUCCCGGCUGGAGGUGGAGAAUGGGCCGGGCUGGUGGAGAAACUCGUUGAAGCAAUCGGACCGGACGAUGUAAUACUUUCGUGUGAAGUCACUCAUGUGCAAUAUACGGACGAGGAUUUCGUGAUGGUCCACGAUGGCAGUGGCGGCCACUGGCUAGCCCGUACCGUCAUUUGUGCAAUUUCGUGUAAUGAUUUGUUUCAGAUCCAGUUUGUACCGUCUCGUCCGAUGAUUUUGCUGCUCAACGUACCGGACUCGAGUGAGGCAAACAUCACACAUGUGACCGAAUUCAGGGCGCAAUUUCGGUCAUCCGAGUGGAGGGACCAAGGCUACUCCGGGAAUCUAUUUCUUCCAUCCCGGAGAAUAAUUUGUUUCGAGAGCACCGAAAGGUACGGCCUGGUCGGAUCAUUUUUCCACGUGGAAAAUUUGAGUGUUAUCGAUGCUCGACAGACCAUCCUUGGAAUCCUGGCCAGCACGCUAAACAGUCCCACCCUCAUGGAUCCACUUUCAUUCAACUCAAAUUGCAACCCAAUACCGUUCUUCGUCGAAGCUCCAUUCAACUUUCACCGGCGAAUAAUUCUUUCCUCCUCAAACGCAAGCUGCUGGUACCGAGGAUUCAUCAAUGGCUCCGUCCAAGCAGGAAUCAAGGCGGCCAUCCUGGCCCUGCUGGAGGUCCGACCGCAGACCAUCAACCUGAAGGACGUCACCGACAUGCAGUGCGUGCUGUUCAAGUACUUUCGGCCGCAGUCCCCGCUCGAACGGCUCUGGGCGAUGGUCAACCUGGCCAGCGUGCGGCAGCUUGUGGCCAUCGUUAGCACAAUUGUGGCCACGUUCAGGAUGGUGCGUGGGAUGGUGAGGAGUUUGUUCGAGUGGAAGCUUCAAGUGGAAUAAAGCUGAAGGUUUUAACUAGAAUGUUGAUGUUUUGGAGAAUCUAGAAGA